ACUGGAUGUGAUGAUUUCCAGGUGGCAGAGGGGAUGGAAUGGCUCGCCACGAGCGACAUCCUGAACCGGGAAGUGCGGCACAGCCAGGUCUACAACCUCGUGGCGUACAUGCCCUACGUCUGCGUCGCCUUCCACUUCCUCUUCUCUUCGUUGCAAUACCCCAAGCUCUCCUUCCCGAAUGCCCAAUUCGAGGUGCUGCUCGCUCCUCUUUGCCCCUUCCUCCCUUUGAGUCUUGCCGUCUGGUGCACGUCGGGGCGUUGUCUUUCGUGUUGGAUCCGUGUCUUGAAGCACUUGGGCGAAGUGAGGGAGUCUGCGUCCUCAGCGGCACUUCUCGACUCCUCCACGGUCCAGGAGGCAUCAGGCCGCCAGCAUCACCUGGAGAAGCUCCAGGACAACACGUCCGACCCAGCUCGCUUCUACCACGUCCUGCACGUGGCCCAGAGCUUCGGAGACUACGAGAAGGUCUUUCGAGGAAUGCACGAGAAUUUCCUCAAUAUCAAGUUCAAGGAUACCCACAUGCAAGCUGUGGCAGAGGGGAUGGAGUGGCUCGCCACAAGCGACAUCCUGAACCGGGAAGUGCGGCACAGCCAGGUCUACAACCUCGUGGCGUACAUGCCCUACGUCUGCGUCGCCUUCCACUUCCUCUUCUCUUCGUUGCAAUACCCCAAGCUCUCCUUCCCGAAUGCCCAAUUCGAGGUGGCAGAGGGGAUGGAGUGGCUCGCCACAAGCGACAUCCUGAACCGGGAAGUGCGGCACAGCCAGGUCUACAACCUCGUGGCGUACAUGCCCUACGUCUGCGUCGCCUUCCACUUCCUCUUCUCUUCGUUGCAAUACCCCAAGCUCUCCUUCCCGAAUGCCCAAUUCGAGUGGUCACAGAAACGUUCACACACCGGAAACGUGUUGGACACCCUGAUCCACGAGGGAGACGCCCACGCGAGGCGACACCUGAGCCGACCCUCUCUCGUCCUGGACAUCGUCCCCUUUCUCGUGAAUUCCCAGCUGUACAGCGGGAAGGAAAAGGCGGAAUUGAAGGCACUGAUCGAGACCAUGAUGAGCCUCAACGUGACCUACGUCCAGGAGAGGAGUCCCGAGGGCCAGUACGUCUUCAAGUUGGAUCCGUGA